AUGCGAGUUUUCGAACUUGUCAAUGCCAUACACCAUAGAUUGUCCAACAACGCUAAUGCGUUUGGAGGUAUGCAGGUCCUGUUGGUUGGCGAUUUUUGGCAACUUAAACUUGUGGGAAGUCUGCUAGAUCCUGGAAAAUCUAUCUAUGAUUCCGAGCUUUUUGAUGCCGUAUUCCCUCACAAAAUAGAGCUUCAAACUAUCCUGAGGCAGCAAGCAUCGGAAGUUGAGUUACGAAAGGCCCUUGACCAGUUGCGCGAAGGAAAUUGUAACGAAGAAACGGCGAAAUACUGGAAGAGUUCGAGCAGAAACCUAGAUAACAAUGAUGCUGCGGAACAUCCGUUACAUAUUUAUUUUAGGAAGUUGCCAGCUGAGAUGCAUAACCUCGAUGUUCUGUCAACAUUUCCUGGAACGCUUUUGACAUUUGAAAGCAGAGAUAGUGGCCAUUCCCAGUUAUUGGACUGUCCGUCGCAGAAAACUUUGACCCUCAAGCAAGGAUGCAAAAUAAUGCUUCUCUAUAACGUCAAUAAAUAUCUGAAAGAUGGUUACCAGGGAACAUUUCUUAGCGUACAUGCUGAAAAUGACGAACAACUACUUGUCACGUUUCCAAAUGUAGGAACAGUGAAAGUCGGGCGCAAGACGUGGUACGAGUAUGACACUCGAGGUUGUGUAUUGGCUACUCGAACACAGUUUCCCAUCACGCCUUGUUAUGCUAUGACCGUGCACAAAGCGCAGGGACAAACAUUGAAUAGAGUUAUUGUCCACUGUUCUCAAGAGUUUGUCCCCAAUCAAACCUACGUUGCAUUGUCACGGGUGAGAAACGAAGCAGGUCUUCAAGUGAUUAAUUUCCAGCCACGAUUCCUACUCCCUUUGCCAGAAAAACUAAAGACUGGGAACAUUACAAAUGACAAUUGUGACAAGCUCUUUGAAGGCCAAGUCGAUGGAUUUGAAUGUUGCAGAAGCAAGACAUUAGAGGAUGGCUUGCUAAAUGCCGUUCAAGAAACUCAUUUCUCACAUCCAGACGUUAGUAAUGAAUGGACGGACGAAAAUGAUGGCGAAGUGAUGGCAAAGCAGUUGUUCGAGUCAAAUACUGGGGCUAAAGUCAAUCUCGAGAACGUACAAUUAUUCAUGAUGUGUGAUUUCCAGCAAAGUUUAAAUAUGCUGCCGAAGCGUUUGUCAGUAAAGGACUUUCUAGAAAGUAUCAUAAAUGAUGAGCAUGGUGAUUCAUACACUUCGUUUAUUAAAUCUGCAGCAAAUUACGCCCUUGCUCAUUUGGAAGUAUUUCACUUGCUGGCGCAUAUCAUUUGGUGCAGGGUCUUUGCAUUAUUUGAAGCAUAUUUGUCGGAAAACGGAGAGAAGGUUCAUAUGACCAACACCAACUUCACCUACGCGACGGCUAAAUUGCACCAGCUUUUUCUUUCGAAUGAAUAUCGAAGUGAUGUUAUAAGUGCCUUUUCGGAAAGUUCGUGGUCAGAAUUAAACGAUGGGCAAAGGACACUGGGCGCGCAGUUGGCUUUCCACCUCUUUCAAUUAUUCGUCAAUGAGCUGAGCAGCUUGGUACGCAAGAAAGAAGCUGGUCCGAUUCCAUUUAAUGUAAGCGACAUGGGUCCUGAUGGAAGAGGGAAGAUACGAUAUGUCGGUGGUUGGGCUGUACGAAAAGCACUCCAAAAAUUUCGAAGGUAUGUAUUUUCAAUGUUAAAUGCCCUUUUUCGACGGGUAAUUUCUAAGGCCCCGUUUACAUUAGACUGGGGACGAGGAUGUUUACUACAUGUUUACAUGAGACUGGUACAAAAAUCGCAAAAGUUUCAAUUGAGACCGGUCUGAGUUAUUUUCGUCCCGGUCUCAUGCAUGUAAACAUCUAUUAUAAAUAAUACUAUGAACGAAACAAAAUGGUCCCGUCUCAUGUAAAUGGGGCCUAAUUUAACACCAAUUUGUUGAAAUAUAGUGUGUAUUUAUCAGUUCACCUGAAAUCUAAUAUAUUUUUUCAGGUACCUCCUUGAAAACAAAGUAUCGCAAACGCCGCAUGUGAGAAGAAAGCUAAAGGAAGAACUUGAAAAGAUUGAAUUGCUUCAAGAAAAUAUCAUUGUUCCUUACGAAACCUUGCAAAACACCUCUUCGAGCUUGGAGUCCACAUCCAUCACAGAAUCGUUACAAUAUCGGGAAAGGGGUCUGCUUCACAUCAGUGAUGAAACUUACAAAUAUUUUCUGUCUCUGGAACAAGCUAGAGUAGAAAAAAUUAAUUUGGAAAAGUUACGUUCCUGCCAAACUGGUAUGGUGAACAACGUAUUGAAAGAAGUCUGGGAAGAUAAAGAUCUUCAAGAGAAGUUUGAUCAAUUGUUUAAUGUUGCAGCAAAUUCU